UGGUUCAAAAAACAAAAAUAAUGUUCUGAGAAUAUCAUAUUUUUUAAAGUAUCCUAAGAACUCAGAAACCAGAAAACUCAUCCUAAGCACCUCUGGAGAACUCCUGUCUUAAAGAUGGAAAACUGGUUAGAAAAUUUUCAUCCUACCCUAACUUGUUACCUAAAAUAAUAAAAUUAACACUGCUUAAUUUUAUUGCAUUAAGAAGUCUGAAACUCUGUUUUCUAGUCUCUACAUCCUAAUUACUGCACCAAGUAUUUUUGUUUUCCCCCACUGCGUUCCUAAAUCAGAAAAACUAUAAAACUAGUUAGGCAUUGCAUGUGUAGUUCCUUUAGUUUUCAACUAUCCUGUCUGCAUGGGUUUUUAGUGCCUCUUGUGGAGUGGAGACUCCCUGGUGUGCAUGUGAAAUUUUCACGUAUUGUGCCCACUUCCAUAGGUCUAUCCAUAUGGCUCUUCCCUUUAUUUCCUUGACCCUAAUCCUCCAGUCUUGCUCAUUCCAGGCUCCUGACCUAUCUGCUAAGCCAUAUGCCUCUGCUGUGUUUAUCCUACCUUGGGCCUCUUCUCUCUCCACACAAAGAUGUUGUGGGAUGCACUAGCCGAAGUUCUACCCUUGGGAAGAUUUCUCCCACCCCUGUAUUUCUGGGUCAUCCUUGAGUGCAGCUUUGGCUUAAAAUCAGACCAUUUUGUGCUCACGUGGAUCAAGUGAUCCAUGAACCAAGCUCUGUUUUGUUUCCUUCUCUGACAGGUGGCCAUAAGCAAUGCCCACCAUGAGUCCAUAGGUGUGAGCUAAGGGAUAAGUGCCUGAGCAGCAGUGGUCGGUAACAGGGGGUUGUGCAGCACUUUUUCAUGCAGCUUAAUUAUGCCUCUAGACUUGCUCAAGACUCAAGAAAGCACUCCUUCCAUCUUACAAUAGAUCUUACAAUCUUAUUUACAGUGAAUUGCUUCUGGGCCCUCCUACCUUGUGAAUGGAAGAGUUUGACAAUCUCCCGGCUCAUGAUGGGCAAACCUGGAUAUAUAGUCACUUGAUGUCCCAUGCUCAGAUGCUUAGUCUCUCCCAUGUCCCAGGACAUUCUAAGAGCUGCUUUAUGAAUGGUGUGUAGUUCUGUGCAGAAAAUUGAAUGAGCUUGUUUCAGAAUUACAGGGUUCUGCCCUGCAACUCUUCUAUUGAGAUGUCUCUAGUAAACUCUUUUUCUACCACUAAUACCUGUAAUACCAUUGUUCAUAUGGCUUAAGUGGCAGAGCUGCUUGUACUGCAGCCCACACCUGCCAGAGUCUUUUCUUGUUCUGGAUCCCACUCAAAACUGGCAGAUAUUCACUUCACCCAAUAAAUAGUCAUAGCAGUAUUUCCAGGUGCUACCUCAAAAACCCAAAGAGGAUGACCAAGCUAUUUUUUUUCUCUUGAUGGUAGGAGACACGUGGUUGCAACAUGUGUUUACUUUCCUUUGAAGAGGAAGUCUCACUAUACUUCAGCUCACUGGAUGUCUAACAUCGUCUUCAAUGUGGCAGACCCCUGAAGUUUUGUAGGAUUUACCUCCUACCCUCUGGCAUACAUGUGUUUUACCAAGGCAUUCUGAGGACUUACAGCUUCUUGCUCAUCAGGUGGAAGGCUUUAGCUAAAAUUCAGAGAGAAGAGGAAAUGUCCUACCUAAUAUCCAGUUACCAUGAAAAAGUCUGUCUUUUAUUCAAGACCUUGAUCCUACAGAUGAAAAGAAGUGAAGAAUUGGUAACUAAAAAUUAUAAUCAAGAAGACAUAAGUAUUCUUCGUUGUUGGAAAUGUAGAAAAUGUGUAGCAAGUUCCGAUUGUUUCAUGAAAUAUCUUGAGAAUCAAGUGGUUAAGGAUAGACAUGAUUCAGCUGAUGAUCAAAAUAUUUGUCAUGUGUGGCACAUGAAUAUAGAAGUCCUUCCAGAAUGGAUAAACUGCCUAAUACAAAAGGCCCAGUGGACAGUUGGAAAACUGAAUUGCCCUUUCUGCGGGGCCCGUUUAGGGGGCUUUAAUUUUGUCAACACUCCAAAAUGUUCCUGUGGCCAGCUUGCAGCUGUACAUCUCUCCAAGAGCCGGACCGAUUAUCAGCCAACACGAGCAGGCCAACUAAUGAGACCAUCACUGAAAUACUUGUCACAUCCUAGAGUUCAGUCAGGUUGUGACAAGGAAACUCUGCUGACAGGUGGCGCCUCCAAAAACAGAAAUCACAGCCUUUUAAACAUGGCUCAAAAUAAUAAUGGUCCUGGAAGAUUAACAGAAGCACUCUGCCUGGAGGUACGGUCAAUGUGUUUUGAGAUGAAAAAUGAAAAACUGCUCUUCAAAGGAUCAGAUCCAAAAUACCAGCUUUUUGUUCCCCAGCUUGUGACUGGAAGAUGCACUACAAGAGCUUUUCAUAGAAAAUCACAUAGUUUGGAUCUGAACAUCACUGAGAAACUGUCUUUAUUACCCACUUUUUAUGAAAUACAUAGUAAGACUACUGCCUAUCCCAGGCUAAAUGAAACACAGCCUAUUGACCUUUCGGGCUUGCCUUUAGAAGCUAGUAAAAAUAGCUGUUCCUUUCAGACUUCAUCCAGUUUUGAUCCUAAUAUGCUGCUGCAAAGAUUUUCAGUGGCUCCCCAUGAGACCCAGACACAAAGAGGAGGAGAAUUUCAGUGUGGUCUAGAAGCUUCUGCAUUGUACUCUGAUCAUGCUAGUUCUAGCAACCUGACUUUCCUGAUGGACCUGCCCUCAGCUGACAGGAGCAUGCUGGAGGCCUCGGACCAGGAAGAACACCUCUCUCAUCUGGACUUCGUAGGCUCGGGGAGUUUUUCAUUGGGUGCCAUUAAUCAGAGGCUCAAUAAGAGAGAAAGGAGCAAGUUCAAGAAUCUGAGAAGGAAACAACGAAGGCAUGAAAGAUGGCUGCAAAAGCAGGGUAAAUACCCAGGAAUGGGGUUGCUGGAUCAUAUGACUUUGAAUAAUGAGAUGAGUACAGAUGAUGACAAUGAAUGUAUAGAAGAAAAGGAAAGCUACAUCUGUGCAGUGUGUCUGGAUGUUUAUUUCAACCCAUACAUGUGUUACCCUUGCCACCACAUCUUUUGUGAGCCCUGCUUACGGACUCUUGCCAAAGACAAUCCUGCAAGCACUCCCUGCCCACUGUGUCGGACAAUUAUUUCCAGAGUCUUUUUCCAGACAGAACUGAACAAUGCUACAAAAACAUUCUUUACUAAAGAAUAUUUGAAAAUAAAACAAAGCUUUCAGAAAUCCAGCUGUGCAAAAUGGCCCCUACCAAGCUGCAGGAAAGCAUUGCAUCUUUUUGGAGGCUUCCAUAGACAUGCAGCUCCAGUUACAAGAAGGCAGUUCCCACAUGGCGCACAUAGGAUGGAUUAUCUGCACUUUGAGGAUGAUAGCCGUGGAUGGUGGUUCGACAUGGAUAUGGUGAUCAUCUAUAUUUAUUCGGUGAACUGGGUCAUUGGAUUCAUCGUUUUCUGCUUUCUUUGCUAUUUUUUCUUUCCAUUCUAGGAAUGUUCAUACCUUACUACAGUUGAACAAUCACAAAUGAUGUAGAUAACAAUUAGUCAAACAAUUUUAAAUGUGCUUUGAAGUUUUUAUAAUGUUGCAUUAUUUAAAUUGGUGUUUUUGGAAAGUCUGAGAAUAAUGGAUUUAUUAAUGUUUUUAGUGUAAUAAAUUAACUUUAUUCAAGAGCUAAUCUAUCUAGCACUUAACAGCAAUACCUUAAUUUCAUAGUUCUUCCUUUAGGAUUUAUGGGCUCUAAUUAUACAAUGUCACUUUUAUACUUAUUUUAAUUGUAAAGACUGAGGUUUUCCCUCAACUUAAAUAUAGUAAAAAUACAAAAAGAAAUGAUAAUCUGGGUAGAUAGUAUCUUUAUUGAUAAAAUGUUUAGUCAGUCACUACUUAUUCUCAGGCAAAUUAUGUGCAUUAAAGAUAGUUCUAGAAACUCAUCUAACAGGGUAUAUAUAGUUAGGUAUCUCUACUUACGUCCCAUUCUAUUACCAAGAAGCUGACUGUCCUUUUUUUACUGACCUAAUAAUAGCUUUAGUGCAACAUUUUUAAUUAUUACAAGAACAGAAUGGUAAAUACAAAAGAAGGAAAAAAAGCUGAGACUAAUCCCCACCAAUGGACGCUUAAAUAGUAACAGUUUUCAAACUGCAGGAUUACUCAUCUGAAAAAUAAAAAAUCUACUGACUGACUUUCAGUAGUCUAAAAGAACAUUGCAUGUCCAAAAUGUAAUUAAUGUAGUGAUUCAUUUAACUAGCAGGUUGUCAGAUAUAUUGUAAAUGUGCAAUAAAGAGUGGCUUUUAAAUUUUUUCAUUGUUAUUAAGUGGUUUAAUGUCUGGAAUAAAGAAUUGUUGUAAAUAGGCUUGUGAAUUUAUAGAAAGAAAACAUGACAUUUAUUUUUAUUUAUGAUUAUACUAAUCCUUGGAAUUAGUUUUUCCCUUAUUAAAAAAAAAAAAGAUCAGAAUUAUCCCAGUACGAGAAGGAAUUGGGGCAGGUAUCCCAGUUUUAAAAGUGAGAAAAUUAAGCACAGAGAAGUAAGUAAGUUUAUUUAUUUCAGUAACAUAGGACAAAAGUUUUCAUUAUGGACUACUAGCCCCAAUAUUCCUAUGCCAUGGUGUCAUGUAUCUGAUAAUGCAAUAAGCAUAGUUUUACAUAAGGUAGGUGAACCUCUCAUGGCACUAAAAUUAGCACCAUCCAGACAAAUUGGGAUUGGUCAGGCUUCAACAGUUCAGUCUAUGGAAAGUCCAGAUUUUGCCUAAUUACUACUGACUGUAUUUGAAUAAAAGCGUUUAACUGAUGA